AUGCCAGAAGAUAUAAAAGUAGAGUCAACAGAGUGGCCACUUCAAACGCCUCCGCCUCUUCCUCCAGGAUACGAGAAGCACCACAUCGUUUUCUUGGAAGCCGUCCAUCUCCCCUUGGCUCCUUUACCGUUCGAAUACUCCAUCGACUCAUACCAACGGACCUUUCGCUCAGAAAUCGCCGAGAGAAUCAAGCCCGCAACGAUCGUGAUAUCCAAUGUCAACACUGUGACACCCGCAGACAUGGACACUGCGCCCCACCUUCAACUCUUGGCGAUCCUGGCCACCGGCAUGGCCUGGGUCGACAAGCCGUAUUGCGCUAGGAGAGGGAUCACGGUGCUCAAUGCGCCGUCGGCAAAUAUCGAUGCUGUUUCGGAGCAUUUCCUAGCUUUGUACUUUGCGAGUCGGAAGAGAGUUGGUGUGAUUGAUCAGACUGUGAGGACCAGCGAUGAGUGGUUGCAGACCAACAGUCUGACGAAGAAGGUCUGGCCGCAAGGACCGCCCUUGGGGUGUAAGCAAGAGACAGUUGGCAUCAUCGGGUAUGGAGCACUGGGCAAAAGAAUAGAGACGCUAUGUCGUGCAUUGGGGUUCAAAGAGAUCUUGGUAGCAGAAAGAAAAGGCGCACGGGAUGUCAGGGAGGGCAGGAUGGAUUUCGAAGAACUUCUGAGGAGGAGUACAACUAUCGUUGUUGUCUGCCCGCGAGAACCGGAGACGAUUGAUCUCAUAUCCGAACGAGAACUGAAGAGCAUGCGGAAAGAAGCGCUGUUGAUCAACAUUGCACGCGGUGGCAUCGUAAACGAAGCCGCUCUGGCGAAAGCACUACAAGAAGACUGGAUCUUCGGCGCGGCGACCGACGUUCUCAACACCGAGCCUGGUGGGCCAGGCACCACACCGCUUCUUCCAGAUCUGGACAAAGGGGAGAAAGAAGUACCUAAUCUCAUUGUAACGAGCCAUGUUGCAUGGUUUUCUGGUGUGACGAUCGAGACGCUGCAAAAUAUUAAUAAAGAUGCCAUGACUGCAUUUGUCGAGGGCCGGAUGUAUGAUCCAAAAGUCAAGGCUUGCGUUGCUGUACAUGAUGGCAAGAUAUGGAAGUGA